CACACGGCUAUAUAAAGCCAUCCCCACCCCACUCUUCUUUCUCCGAUACCCUUUUAAAAAGGGCAUCUUGUUGCACGCCACAUCCGCCGCUCCUCUGGCCCGCAAGCUGCAAUCUGUAACGAGGAAGAACUUACCUCCUCAAAAGCUGCGAAAGAACCGUCACCGGUACCGUACCAACGUAGCUUCCAUGGUGGACGUCGACCGUCGAAUGGCCGCCCUGAGCCCGGCGCACGCCGCAGGCCUCCGUCGCCUCUCCGCCCGCGCCGCCUCAUCGCACGUCGCAUCCACCGCUGCUCACCGUCUCGGCGCAUUCUCCCUCCACCCCCUCGCCGAGGCCGUCCUAUCCAACCUCCGCGCCGCCUCCGUCCCACUCUGCUCGGGCCUCUCCGAGCUAGAGCUCGCUCGCCUCGAGGCUGACCUCGCUUUCGCCUUCCCUCCUGACCUCCGCGCGCUCCUCGCCCUGGCAAUACCCUCCGGGCCUGGCUUCCCAGACUGGCGUGUGCCCAACGCGGGUCUCCUCCUCUGUCUCCCGCGCGCCGCCGCGGCCCUCCAGGUCGCCUGCGGAGUCCUAUGGCCGCGUUCCUGGGGCUCCCGCCCUGCGGACCCUGCCCGGGCCCUCCGCCGGGCCCGGGCCUCACUCCGCCGGGCGCCACUCUUAAUACCACUCUUCGGCCGCUGCUACAUCCCCUGCCUCCCCUGUCUCGCCGGCAACCCUGUUUUCUACGUCGACGACUGUCGUGUCUUCUGCUGCGCCAUCGACUUCAGCGACUUCUUCCUGCGUCGUUGGUCCGCGUCUCCGCACCCGGAUUCCUCUUUUCUUCUCCCCCGCCUCGACGCUGCUCGCUGGAUUGAAUUCUGGAGUGACGCCGCCUCCGACAGCCGCCGCCGCAUCUCCUCUUCUUCGUCCUCCUCGGUUUCAGAUUCGGUGUCCUCAACUUCAUUGUCGUCUCCGCCUCCAGAUGCGGCGCGCUUCGUGGAGAUUCGGAGCCUCAGAGUGCCGGGCUGGGUGGGGGGCUACCUGGACGGCAUCGGAUCCGUCUUGAGGCAAGGUGGGUGGGACGAAUCGGACAUCCGUGAGAUGGUUCACGUGCCAGCCUCGAGGGUCUUCGAUGGUGGCGAACAGCUCGACGGGACGGACGCAAUGGUCGACUCCGAGGCGGCGCUCGACGCUCUGCUGGUGAAGGUGGGCCGCUGCUCGGAGUCGCUCCGCCGGGCAGGGUGGAGCCCCGAAGAGAUCGCCGAUGCGCUGGACCUCGAGCUCCUACGGCAGAGGAGGAGGCAGCGAUGCUCACCGGUGAAACUACCGCCUCCGAUAGCCCUUAAGCUGGAGAAGCUAUUGGAGGCGGUGGCCCGAUCCUAAUUUGCGGUGUCCUGACUCAAUAACGAGCAUUUUUCGUUUUUUUUUAAGUUUCUUUUCUAACGGUCGACGGGUUGAACAAGGGAGUGACGAGGAGUAAAGAAAGCGAGGAAAAAGAAAUGUAUGUACCAUCGAUGUAAAUGUAAUUAUUAUUAAAAAUAGAAAAUAUUUUAAUAAAUAA